GAGUGGGGGCUUAGCUUGUGUGUUUGAGACAGGCGGUCUGAUCUACGACUGACCAUAGUUUAUUCCCGAAACCAUCUUUUUAUCUCUAUUUUCGGUAUUUACCGGAUAUCUGGCAUUUCAGGAAUCAAAGAUGUUGUGUUCAUCGCAAAUUAGAAGAAGAUGGAGGCUGACAGGAGAGCUGCAAGGGAUUUGACAAGAGCAGUUUCCUUUCCUUUUACUGAACAAGAACUGGUUUCUGAGGAAUGGCCCUCUCAGUGACCAUUCAUUCAACUCUGUUGAAAGCAUUGCUGGUCCUUUUAUGUCUGCGCGCAGUUGCAGGCAUGUCUGGCUGGUCUGAAUGUUUAGAGGGUCAGAAUGUAUUUGUAAAAAUAAAAGAAAACAGUCCCUCUGGAGAUAUUGUCGCUGCGUUUGUGAUGGAAACCGGCAUGGAAGGAGUUUGGUGGAGUCUGUCUGGGAAGGAUGCUCACUGGUUCUACUUAGACGGAAGAAACAUCCGGCUGAACACGUCAGAUGAAAAGAUCCUUGACCGAGAGAAACUUGGUCCAAUCUUAAUGGCAGAGCUAUCAUGUUACGAGCGAGACAUGUCUCAGACUUUUUACAAAAUCACGGUGGAGAUUCUCAAUGAGAAUGAUAAUUUACCCAUGUUUUCAGAAGAAAGUGCCCGGUCAAUUACUUUGAGUGAGCUGACUCCAGUGAAUACUGUGGCUUUUACCGUCCAAGCUUUGGACGCUGAUAAUGAUAAGAUCAUUUAUUCAAUUGACCAGACAUCUCCUGACGCCAAGUACUUCAGGAUUGAUCUGCCAAACAGCGGUGAAGUGAUCCUUUCCAAACCUUUGGACUAUGAGACCCAAACUCAACUCACCGUCACUAUUCAUGCAUCUGAAAUGAACACUGCUGAGCACUACAACAUCAGCACUAACGUCAGCAUUACGGUCCAAGAUGGAGAUGACCAGUACCCACAGUUUCAACCCUGUGUCCUGCUGUUCCAUGACGAGAACAGUCGAAUUUGUACCAGCCCCGUCUACAUGGUCAAUGUCACAGAGGGAGAGGAGGACAUUCUGCUGGACUUUUCUCCGGGUCCAAUUCAUGCAGUGGAUGGAGACAGAGGCCUCAGUUCUUCCAUCAGUUAUGCCAUUAUCUCAGAAGAUGAAGAGGGGCAUUUCAGUAUCAACAGAGAGAAUGGUGAGUUAAGACUGACCAAGGGUGUGAAAGACAGACUCCUAACUCCAGUGCUGCGACUUCAGGUCAUGGCGUACCAGAAUGACGAUCCCAGGAAGUACUCAGUUGCGACAGUGUUGGUCCGGGUUCUGGCAAAGAACUGGUUUCAUCCAGAGUUUGAGCUGCCUGAAUAUCACGGCUUCGUAACAGCUGGAAAGAAUGCAGCCUCUCUGGUCAAUACGUACGGAAGCAGAGCUCUGAUUUUAAAAGUCCUGGAUCCAGAUUUUGAUCAUGCUUUUAAUCCAAUGAUCCACUUUAUGUUUGCUGCAACAUCCAACCACACCGACAUCUAUCAAGUCACACGUGGAGGACUCAUAAUAGCAAGGACCAGUCAUCUCAAGCCAAAUCAGAAGCACAUCCUGGAGAUUACAGCUGUAGACCAGGAAUCCGGCGACGCUGCUUAUGCUACUGUCACGGUGGAAGUGUUACCUGAAGGACAAUCAAUCCCUCACAGUCCUCCGAGAAAUGAACGCCUGACAGGCUGCACUGUGGGCAAAGCACUUUUCCUCAGCAUGCUGUUCAUGGGAGCCCUGGGAUGUAUCUUGUCUUUGUUGAAGUGGCUGAAGAGGAAAUAUAAAGGAAUGAAAGACCCACUGGAGAGAGGCUGUGUGGCCCAGUGCAAACACCCCAAUGUGAGUUUACAUUGGUUCCAACUGGUAAAUCAUCAUACUGCUAUGCCUAACAUGGAGGAACUUUCCUUUCAAAAUGAGGAAUAUGGAACCUGCAAUCCUUCCUUUAGCCUUCCAGACACACCAGUCAUUAACACCACUAAGGACGUUGCCGUCAGCACAGGGCCCUCUUCACCCAGACCAGCUUCUCUUACAGAGACCAUCAUCCCUCUUCCCACCGAAAGUGUGCAAAGCCCAGUGAUACUAAACAAUAGUCUUACUUCACCAAGCAAAAUUUCCUGCUGCUCACCUGAAUGUCCCCCAGAGAUGAAGAACCUCAGCCCUAAGCAUGAGGUAGAUGCUGACAGGCAAGCUAAGGAAAAUGCCAGCCUACCAUAUGAUGUUACUUCGGACCCUUCUGAAGAGAAGUCUCACACAGAUUUGGAACCAGUUGCCAAUGACGACAUCAAGCCCCCUCCUUUAAAUGAACAAGAUUUGCAAACAACCUCCUCCGACAACUUUGCAGAGUUAGUCCCAAGCCCAUCUUCUCCAUCUAGGAGCGAAACGGCUUCCACAGAAACGAACAAGCCGUUACCAGAAACCAAUGCGGAGACAGCCCCACAGUUACCAUCACCAUCCCUUCUGCUCCUCAGAAAAACAGGAACACCUCCUCUCACUCUAGAGCAUGGCCCUUUAAAAGCUACUUUGGUGCAUAUAGAUACUUCCCCUACUGACACUCCUCCUGAGUCCCCAGUGGGAACAGAGCAAGCCCUGGAUAUUGAGGUAGACCAACCGUCCACCUCCCCAUGUCAUGUUGAAGCAUCAGAGUCAGAAGGAGUCGUAGUGAACUCUGAAAGCCCAUCACCAGAGAGGAGACCCUCAACAAACCCAGGAAAUACCCUUAACAGUCAUGAAGAGGAGGAUGAGGAGGGUUUUCUUGGUGAUGAUGACGUGGACAAAAACAGUGAAGAGGCCGAGAGUGAAGAUGGAGCAAGUAAAAGGAAUCUGGAUGGCUAAGACCUGAAAAUACAUCAAGCAAGAUUGAAAACACUGGACUGGUACAGCUGAAGCAUGGAGAAGGAUCCAUACAUGCAAGGCCACAGUACACUAAGAAAAGACUUUAAACAACACACAAUGAACCUGAGAGUACGCACAAAGCUGACGCUACAUACUACAGAUGUUUUACAAAAACCAAUGAAAUUCUAAUCCAUUUUCACAGCAGCUAUCUAAACAGACACACAAUUUGUUUUUUGUUGUCAUUUAAUAAUCUGUCUCCAUGUUGGCUGUUUCUUUAGGUCCUGUUUACAUAUUUAAUAUGGAGAAGUUAUGAGAAGCUUUACAUGUACAAUUAGUGUUGCAAUUAGUUAACCCACCCUGAUUUAAUUUGUAGCCUUGGUCCCAUUAUUUUCAGUCCUUUCCUUGGUUACCAUCAUUUCUGUCCAGGCCUGUUUCGUUAGUUAAUUUUUUUUUUUAUCAUUCUGUAAAGGCAUGACUACAAAGCAAUGUCUAUCUUUUAAGUGUUAAUGUUCAUAGAUUGUUUUCAUUUAUUAUUACUUUUGUCAGAGUCAAGUUAUUAGUGGAACCAACAAUUGUGUCCAGAUGUGUAUAACGGAAUAACAGCCCAUAUUGUUAAUUUGUUAAGAUACACUGUAAAAGAGCCAAUAAUAUGGCUUCUAGAUGAGGUAAAACUGGCUGGCUGAGGUUCAAGGGAGGAAGGAGGAGGAUUUAAGUGACUAAAUCUGGCCUGAUUGAUGGCAUCAACAGAUGGGUUGGCCUGAGUAUUUUAAAAGUUUAUGAUCCAUUCAGUUGCCAGUCCUCUGUUGGGGUUGCCCGGGUGGUGUCAAAGGUUAGAGGACACUAAGCCGGCUGGUUUGAGAUCAUAGAAAGGCAACAGUAACCAGACCUGAACAGAAUACCAGCUCUGAACACACAGUGCGUUCUAUUUGACACCAGAUGGCCUACAGCAGCAGGACGCCACUCCUGUUAACUAAGACGAGGAGUCUGAGAUUU